AUGGAUGAUGAAGUUCUUGCCGGUUUUGCACGACGUACAAGGAGAAGACGUGAUACCAAUGAACCAAAUGGACUUGUAAGUCAAGAGGAAGGGGAGACCUCCAGAGCGGUAACAGUUGAGGAUAUCGUUAGAGCUAUGUUAGGAAUAGCUCAACAGCAUGCACCGACAAAUAAGUUUGUUGAAUUCAAGAAAUUGGCUCCACCAUACUUUGAUGGUAGCAUCGAUCCGCUAAAAGCUGAAAAGUGGAUAAAAGAUUUGGAGAAGUUAUUCGAUGUACUCAAAUGUGACGAUGCAGAAAAGGUACAAUUUACAAUAUUUCAGUUACAAGGAAAUGCAAGUGACUGGUGGGAGUUGAAGAAGCAAACUUACGAGCGCGAUACAAGUACACUCUCAUGUGAUACAUUUAAGAAAGAUUUUUACAACACCUAUUUUCCCAAGAGUUUGAGGCCAGAGAAAGAGAUGGAAUUCAUAAAUCUGAAACAGGGAAAUAUGACUAUUACUGAAUACCAAGCUCGGUUUGUAGACUUAGCAAAGUUUGCUCAAUCAUGGAUGGGAAGAGAGAUUACGAAGGUGGUUGAUAAGACACGAUUGAUUGAAAGGGAGUUGGGUAUUACGAGAAGGAUUGAUGAGGCGAGCUCGAAGAAAAGAAGUCAUCAAAGUGCCAAUGAAGGAAAUCGAAACUCAUUCCGAAAUAGAAAGCCUUUUUUUGCGAGCAGUACGACUCAAGUCACUAGAAAUGUGCAUUCACAUAAUUCAUCGUCGUCUGUGCAGUGUUCGUAUUGUUCUGGAAACCAUCGCAUGGAAGAUUGUCGCUGGCUAUCUAGAGCAUGUGUUUUAUGUGGGCAACAUGGUCACUUGAGAGCAAAUUGUACACGCUUUAGAAAGACAUUCACUCAGCAUAAUGCGCGCGAGACAGGAAAUUCCAUGAAUCGAAAACCCUUUCCCAAUAAAAAUCAGAAAAUGGGACAGACAUCAGGAGGCCAAGCUAGAGUGUUUUCUACAAUGAAUGUCGAGCAAGCGCGUGCGUCUAACGCUGUGGUCUCAGGUACUCUUUACGUUUCUUCCGCUUAUGCUUUAGCGUUAUUUGAUUCUGGUGCUACCGAUUCUUUUAUUUCUCAAACCUUUAUCAAAAAGCAUAAUUGGAAUACUAAACCUCGAGACGUGAGUAUAAGUGCAGAAAUACCAUUGGGUGACAAAAUAAUUGCAAACCUAAUUUGUAAGUCUCGAGAAGUACAUAUAGGAGAUAAAUUGUUACUAGUAGAUCUUACGGUACUAGAUAUGCAUAGUUUCGAUAUCAUUUUGGGGAUGGAUUGGUUAGCUCACAACUUUGCUACAGUUGAUUGUCAUGAAAAGAGGAUAAUAUUUCAAAUUCCCAAGCAGCCUAUAUUCUCUUUUAUGGAAAGUAAAAUUGUUAUUCCUCCAAAGAUGAUAUGUUGUUUAGAAGCAAAACGCAUGAUUAGAAAGGGUUGUGAAUGUUAUAUGGUGGUGUUAUGGGGUACCGAAAAGAAUGAGAAAUCUUUAGAAACUGUUCGAUCAUAA